UGAACUUCUCUCACUCUUGACUCAACCUCAAUCCUUAUUCUCACAAACACUCCGCCCGUACCCACACCGCCGAGCCUCUGAUCGAUACAAGGCCUCAGCGUCGUAGCAGCUGCUAACGUUCAACCUCACACCUCACACCUUGCGGCCAACCUCUACGACAACCAUUCGCCCACCGACCAUUGAUGCCUCGUUUCCACAUCAAAAUGAGCUUCAGCAUCAACUUCUCACCCAGUGCAUGGCAAGAUCCUCCCUCCGUCCACCAUGCAUUCAUCGAUCAGAUCCGCGAAGCGGCAUUGAAGUAUCGUCUCCAGUCCGCCGCUCACUUCAACGUACCCAUCGACGUAUGCCAGGCUACCCACACCUCGAAUCCAGACCGAUUGGCCGACCUCGAUGGAGACUUCGUGCUCUGUGUUGGCUUCUACAACUUCGGCACUGAUCCUGUCUUCGCUAUCUGCCGUCCUAAGAUCGCGAAGCGUGGGCGAAACAAGGGAGCGGUCCAGGUAUGGAUGAAAAACAAGUUCGUACCGGUAAUGCGAUUCCUGGAAGCUACAUUCCCCACGAUUGAUGGGCCAGUGGCCGACGAGAUCAUGUUCCAGUGGUGGAAUGCCAACGGCCAUACCUUCAAUUGGACUGGUCUGCCCACUGAAGUCAAGGAGCGGAUCCUCCAGUUCUGCAUGCAUAAGUCCCCGCCACUCCCUGUUCAGAGAAAGUCUAGAGGCCGAGUUCGCAUAGUCAAACAGGGCGCACCUGAAGUCACCGGUCAGCUAGGCAAGUGGGCGUCUCUCCUCACCGUAUCACACCAAGUCCGCGCGAUCAGCCUCCGCCUGUGCUUUGCGGGAAGCAGCGACCUGGGGUUCAGCAACGGACUGUGUAUCGUGGCCGAGAACUUGUUCAGCUUCAAGUGCAGUAUUCGCAGACUGGGCAAGCAUCGUCAGUUGGCCGAAGUGAACAGUCUCCCGACCGACGACAAGGCCCGUGAGCUGGAGAAGACAUAUAAAUCAUUCCCGAGGAUUUAUCCACACUUGGACCGAUACGCCACCUUCUACCAUGGUAUCCGAAAGAUCUAUCUCCAGUUCUCCUUCAUCGACGGCCUGUAUUUCUUCAAGGUCACUGCCGGAUCAUUCGCGCAGCACUUGAAGCCACAUCAGCUAAGCUACGAAGUCUUUCAGACGCUUCCACACCUGAACGAAUUGAUCUUCAAGCUACCAGACGCUACUGGAUAUCUUGAGGAUAAUCUCAGACACCAGCCGGUCAGUAUAUUUUAUGGCGAACCGUUUGAUUGUAUACGAACCCUGCACCGCCUCGUAUACGAGAGUGCGGCUAAGGUUUUGGCUCCAUAUAGGGCCGUCAAGUUUCAUGGAUUCAUGGAUGAGGAAGAGGAGGUCAGAUUCUUGAGUCUCCGCGAUUGUGCGAGGAAGGAAUUGAAAAUUACUACUGAGGAGCUCGGACAGCUCUACAAAGAAGAUAUGGGUGGAGUGGAGCUGGAGGAGACUGUUCUUCCUGGCCUUGAGAAGAAAGAAAAGGAUGACGAGGUGCGAGAAGUCAUCUAUGACGACUUCUGGCCCCCGAAAUGUCGAUGCGAGAUAUUGUGUCGGGAGGUACUCCACCCCAGCUCUAUCUGA